GCUUUGCGCGCUCGAGGAAGCCACGAUAGUUACUGACAGCGUUUCCUUCUCUUGUUUACUAACGUCUCACGCAGGUUACAGCACGGUGCUUUUAUUCUGCGGUUUCUAUCAAAAUGGCGUCCGGCUUCAGGAAAAGCAGUGCUUCAGGAAACCAGAGGAAGAAAGCAGGACCCAAACCAGAGCUGACAGAAGAGCAGAAGCAGGAGAUUAAAGAAGCGUUCGAUCUGUUCGACACAGACGGCUCUGGAACCAUCGAUGUGAAGGAACUGAAGGUUGCUAUGCGAGCUCUGGGGUUUGAGCCGAAGAAAGAAGAGAUAAAGAAGAUGAUCGCUGAUAUUGAUAAAGAAGGAUCGGGCGUAAUCGGCUUCAGCGAUUUCCUUUCUAUGAUGACACAGAAAAUGAGUGAGAAGGACUCAAAAGAAGAGAUCCUGAAGGCUUUCCGGUUAUUUGAUGAUGACUGCACCGGCAAAAUCUCCUUCAAGAACCUGAAGCGAGUGGCUAAAGAACUCGGAGAAAACCUGACAGACGAGGAGCUGCAGGAAAUGAUUGACGAGGCUGACAGAGAUGGAGACGGAGAGAUUAAUGAGCAGGAGUUUCUGCGGAUUAUGAAGAAAACCAAUCUGUACUGAAGCUGUAAGCGCCCGACGCUCUCACACACCUAUAAGCCUCUUAAAGGACCACAAGUGUUGCUCUCUUUUCUACAAAGAUGUAAAAAUGUUUUAAGCUAUAUGUAUUUUGUACUAUAUAUUAAAUAAAAUGUAUUUGAAUCUGA